CAAAAUGCUAUUGGUCUAAAAAAUCCUACUUUUUUGUCCUCUUCUCUCUUCUUCCAACCCUUCACCCUUUAAUUUCCCUCACCCCUGAUCUCUCGGGCAUCUUUCUUCUCCGGCAAUGGCAACCACGGCGAGGGAAGAAAACGUCUAUAUGGCAAAGCUUGCCGAGCAAGCGGAACGCUAUGAAGAGAUGGUUGAGUUCAUGGAGAAGGUAGUCAACUCUCUUCCGGAAGGCGAGGAGCUCUCAAUCGAGGAGCGCAACCUCCUCUCGGUAGCUUACAAGAACGUAGUCGGUGCUCGCCGUGCCUCGUGGCGCAUCGUCUCAUCGAUUGAGCAGAAGGAAGAAGGCCGCGGCGCCGGCGAUCGCGCCGCCGCGGCCCGCGACUAUCGCUUGAAGAUCGAGUCCGAGCUGUCGUCGAUUUGCGCUGGAAUCCUUCGUUUGUUGGACUCUCGCCUGGUUUCAGCCGUCGUCACCCCUGACUCCAAGGUUUUUUAUUAUAAAAUGAAAGGCGAUUACCAUCGGUAUCUCGCGGAGUUCAAAACUGGUGAUGAGAGAAAGGAGGCUGCUGAGAGCACUCUUUCCUCUUAUAAGGCCGCCCAGGAGAUUGCGGUGGCAGAGUUGCCCUCGACACAUCCGAUCCGGCUAGGUCUUGCAUUGAAUUUCUCUGUAUUCUACUACGAGAUCUUGAAUUCUCCUGAGAGGGCCUGCAAUAUGGCUAAACAGGCAUUUGACGAAGCGAUCGCUGAACUUGAUUCCCUUGGAGAGGAAUCUUACAAAGACAGCACUCUUAUAAUGCAGCUUCUUCGUGAUAAUCUCACCUUGUGGACCUCUGAUAUGCAGGAUGAAGGGGGUGAUGAUAUAAAGGAGGCCUCAAAACCUGAUAAUGAAUAGUAGCAAAGAACUGGGAUCCUGGCUAGCUGCAUUUGCUUUCUUUGCCUUAGUUACUUCUGCUUUUUAUGGCAUGUUAUGCUCCAGUUGUUCACUGAUGGCUUUUUAUUUUCAGGAAUGUUAGUUUGACCAUCCUAUUGUUAUUUCUUUCUUCUCUUCCAUGGCUUUUACCUUUACUUGUCUUUUGUGGCCUUGAUAUUCAGCCUCUGAAUCCCUUCUUUUAUGGGAUUAUUGUGCUUGAAGACAUGCAUUAACAUUUUCUUUGUUGCCUGGAAAAAAAUUAUUUCUGUUGUCUGCUUUAUUUCU